CGAGUUUUCUCAUCCACAACUACAAGUCCAAUUUUUCCUUCUCCCUCUCCUCCAUUUUAUCCACAACUCUGAUUCCCCUUCUAUUUUCCGAAUUUCUCCCGUGAAUUCCGCCUCUCUCCCUCUUUCCCCACCGGUUUUAUUCCGUAAGUAGCUCGAUUUCCGAGGGGCGUAACCGUACAGAUCAGUACAAACUACAGCAAAGUUCCAUGGAGAUUUCUUUGAUCGGAAACUCUCAGGCGAAGCUGGUAAUUGCUGGUUGUUUGGUACAGAGAGAGUUAGGGUUUCGUGGUAAAUUGAACCAUCAGAUCUUUUCUCUGAAUUCAACCAUCUGUUUCGGUCAAACAACCAGAUGGGGGAAAAGACCUCCGAUUCGACUCGAACUCAAAGCUGCCGCGAACUCGGAAGCUCUAGCUUCCGACAAAGUUUGCGGCAGUACAUCUGCGUCUCGCUCUGGAUCCAAGCCCAUUGAUGGAGUAAGGUUAUACGUUGGGCUACCCCUCGAUGCGGUUUCUGACUGUAACACAAUAAACCAUGCCCGAGCAAUCACAGCCGGGUUGAAGGCAUUGAAGUUAUUAGGUGUUGAUGGUGUGGAGCUUCCUGUCUGGUGGGGAAUAGCUGAGAAAGAGGCUAUGGGGAAGUAUGAGUGGUCAGGCUAUCUGAAGCUUGCCGAAAUGGUCCAAAAAGCAGGUCUCAAGCUCCACAUCUCCCUUUGCUUCCAUGCAUCAAAAGAACCCAAGAUUCCUCUCCCUGAUUGGGUUUCUCGGAUUGGAGAGUCCCAACCUAGUAUCUUCUUUACCGAUCGGUCAGGGGAGCAGUACAGGGAUUGUCUUUCUUUGAGUGUGGAUGAUCUUCCUGUUCUUGAUGGGAAGUCUCCGAUCCAAGCUUAUGGCAACUUCUGUGAGAGCUUCAAGUCUUCCUUCUCUGCUUUCCUUGGUUCCACUAUCACAGGCAUAUCAAUUGGUCUAGGACCAGAUGGCGAGCUUCGGUACCCUUCUCGCCACCAGUCAUCAAAGAACAACCAAGUUCACGGAGUAGGAGAAUUCCAAUGUUACGAUGAAAACAUGCUUACAAAUCUCAAGCAACAUGCGGAAGCAAUUGGAAACCCUCUUUGGGGACUCUCCGGUCCCCACGAUUCGCCCACCUACGAUGAACUCCCAAACUACAACAAUUUUGUAAAGGAAAAUGGAGGAUCGUGGGAGACUACAUACGGCGACUUCUUCCUUUCUUGGUACUCAAACAAUCUCACAUCACACCUUGAUCGCCUCCUCUCACUCACCUCUUCAACCUUCAGCGAUUAUCCGGUCAAAAUUUCAGGAAAAGUCCCAUUAAUGCACUGGUGGUAUAAAACCCGGUCUCACCCUUCUGAGCUCACGGCUGGAUUCUACAACACUGUCAAUAGAGACGGGUACGAUGAAGUAGUUGAAAUUUUUGCCAAAAAUUCGUGUAAAGUGAUAUUGCCCGGAAUGGACUUAUCAGAUGAACGCCAGCCAGACAGAGCCUUAUCAAGCCCAGAGUCGUUGCUAAGACAAAUUGUAACGGCUUGCAAAAAACACGGGGUGGAGGUUUCUGGCCAGAAUUCAUCGAUUUCUGGAGGGCCUAAUGCAUUCGAUCAGAUAAAGAGGAAUUUGUUGGAUGACAAUGAGGUGGUGGAUUUGUUCACUUACCAGAGGAUGGGAGCUGCAUUCUUUUCUCCAGAUCACUUUCCCAAGUUUACCGAGUUUGUUCGCAACUUGAAUCAAUUGGAAUUAGGGUUGGAUGAUCUGCCAAGUGAGGAGCGAGAAGAUGGCGAAUCAAUAUACUCGGGACAGGGUAAGGAUCUCCUUGUGCAGACUGCUUAGUUAGUCCAAGAAACAAUUUUCUUGUAGAUAUAGAGUUGUAAUCUAUGUAGUUAUGUUUCACUAAGACUGUAAUACCCAAGUGGUACUUACAGAUAUAUUGUAUAGCACUUUCUACACUUCAAGUGGUGGCUGUAAUUGUCAUGCCUUGUAAGGAGGCUUUUUAUUUCCUCUCUUAAUCUCUAUUAGUUCUUAAAA